AUGCCCGGAGCAAACGAGUAUCGACUGCCUGUGAUUUUUGUCGCAAAAGGAAGAAGAAAUGCGACUUUCGAUACCCCAAUUGUUCGGCCUGCACCCGCGCCGGAGUCCGAUGCACCAUACCCCCGCCCGGUCCUCAAGUCGCUAGCGCCUCUGUUCCCCGAGAUCAGCUGGAGAAUUUGCAGAAACGAGUACGAUGGUUGGAGGAGGUCGUACGUCGCAAGUCUGGAUUAUCGGUGGCGGAAUUACCGACAGGGACACCGGUUGAUGGCGAGGGAGAUCCGGAUUGGUGGUAUCAGCCCUGCCGGUAGUGGCGGUUCUUCUGUAACUGCAGGACCCUCGGAGGCCUCGACGGGGGUAGGCACUGAACUGCCAAAUAUCGGCGAAAUCUUUCGCGAUCAGCUGGAGCACCGCCGACCGUCGGUGGCACGUCCUUCCUCCGCGCCACGAGUCAUGCGCUUGUCGUCGCUGGAGGAAGCGGAACGGCUAGCCGGACAAUAUUUCGAUAGUAUAGGGUACCAAUACCCGUUCCUGUCUCGUCCAGAAUUUAUGGGCCAUCUGCGCCAUAUCUAUACUGGUGGUAUUCCGUCGCCCGAAACCCAUCAUUCUUAUCACAUCGUCAUCGCCAUUGCGCUUCUGAUUGGGUCUGCGGAUCCGACACAGGCUGCUGAAUUUUACCAUGCCAGCCAGGAGACGUUCCCAUUGGCAUUGCAAAAUGAAGACUUGCCGGCUGUGCGGGCACUGCUGGGAUUGGCCUUGUAUACCAUGUUUGCGACGGCUGGUCCCAGCAUUUGGCAUGUGUUGGGUGCGACAAUGAGAUUGUCGAUUAGUAUGGGUUUACACAAAGCGCGGUCAUACCCUACCAUUACCGAGGAGGAGAUGGCCAAGCGCGCUUUUUGGAGUCUUUACAACCUGGAUCGCCUCAUCGCUAGCACCUUGGGUCGGCCAUUGGGAAUUGCCGACGACGAUAUUAGCGUGGGUCUUCCGCGAGAACUCAAUGAUGAUGAAACCGAAGCGCCUGGCGCUAGCGCGAUGACGAUUCCUUUGCAGGUGAUACGACUGCGACGGAUAUUUUCACGCAUUUAUCAGUACUUAUAUAGCAGUCUGCCACGACUCCCACCCCAAGAAGCUGCCGUCACGCUCAGUCGAUUCCGCCAUGAGGUUGAUGAUUGGCGCAUGAACGCUCCAGUAUAUCCAUCGGCACUUCUCUAUUCUACAUCUUAUUACGAUUAUCUCUAUUACACAACACUUCUCUUGAUGUAUCGUCCCAGCCCCCGGAAUCCAACGCCCGACAUAACCAGUAUCAUCAGCUGUGGCGAAUCUAGUAUUCAAGUCAUCCGAUCAUAUUGGGACACCUACUCAGUCGGCAAGCUGAAAUGGAUAUGGUUAACGCUGAGCCAGGUUUAUUUUGCAGGCAUUACUAUCCUGUGGUGCCUUGAGCAGAAUGCACGCUCAUUACGCGACUUUCAGCCUGCUCCUUGGAACCCCGAAGAACAGACGAUGCGACGUGGUAUCCAGGCCGUUGUCGUACUAUUGGAAGAAUUUGGCAAGCGUCGACCUGGGGUAGAUCGGUUGGCAGAGACAUUCCGGCAUCAGAGUACAGUGAUCUUCAGCCAAAUGGCCUAUCAGCAGCAAUUAGAACAGCAGCAUCACCAUCACCCACAGCACCAACCGCAACCGCAACCGCAACCACCGCCUCCGCCUGCACUUCUCCCACCUCAUCCAAUGUCUUUGGCCGCACCUCCUCCACCUCCAGUCCCACUUGCUCCAGUUCUCGACGACGUGUUACUCGUGGAUGGCAGUGGGACUGUCCCGAUAAUUGAUCCCCAGAUGGCGGAACAACUCUACUACUCCUACAAUUGGUUCCAAGAGGAGAUGGCAUCAUACUAUACCCUUUAA